CUAACCUUCUUCCACUUCUCUCUCUCUAAUCAACCCAUUUAAGAGCCUAGUAAUUAUCAUUAAUUAAUCAAUUAAUCAAUUAAUUAUAUGGGUGUUUUUUUUAAUGCGAGUAGCGAAUGUAUAAUUUGCUUUCCUCAGAUGGUCUCUUAUGAAGGAGUUUAGAAUAGUAGACUGAAAUAACUAAAGCAAUGGAUCUCAAAAAGGCACAAACUGAUCCAAUUUUGGAUCCUAACCAAUCAAAUUAUGUCUAUCAUCUCGCUUUGGAUAUUGGAGGAUCCCUAGCCAAAGUAGUUUACUUCACUAAAGAUGAUGAUCAUUUUGUUGAUGGUGAGGAGGGGUUAUCUCAUAGAAAGGCUUUGGAGAAAUCCAAUGGCAGUAGGCAAUAUCCUGUUCUUAAUGGGAGGCUCAAUUUUAAGAAGUUUGAAACAAGCAAGAUAAAUGAUUGCGUAGAAUUUAUCAAGUCCAUGAAACUUCAUUUUGGAGGUAGUCAGCGACAAGCAAUUCCUGGAAGUCAGCCGAUAGCUGUUAAGGCCACAGGUGGUGGUGCGUACAAAUAUGCAGACCUCUUCAAGGAAAGACUAGGAAUCAUUCUUGACAAGGAAGAUGAAAUGGACUGUCUUGUUGCAGGAGCAAAUUUUCUUCUCGAGGUGGUCCACCAGGAAGCAUUUACCUAUAUGGGUGAUCAAAAGCAAUUUGUACAGAUUGACCAGAAUGAUCUGUAUCCCUAUCUUCUUGUUAAUAUUGGGUCUGGUGUUGGCAUGAUUAAGGUGGAAGGAGAGGGAAAGUUUGAGCGAGUUAGUGGAACAAGUAUAGGUGGAGGCACUUUCUGGGGUUUAGGAAAGCUUUUAACCGAUUGCAAGAGUUUUGAUGAGUUGCUGGACUUAAGUUAUCGGGGUAACAACAGAGCCGUAGAUAUGCUUGUUGGAGAUAUUUAUGGUGGAAUGGACUAUUCAAAGAUAGGUCUUUCAUCCACUGCAAUAGCCUCUAGUUUUGGAAAGGCAAUUUCUGAUAAUAGGGAGCGUGAAGAUUACAAACCUGAAGAUAUUGCUCGAUCUCUUCUAAGAAUGAUCUCAAAUAAUAUUGGACAGAUUUCUUACUUAAAUGCCCUUCGCUUUGGGCUGAAGAGGAUUUUUUUUGGUGGAUUUUUUAUUCGGAGGCAUCCUUUUACAAUGGACACAUUAUCUGUUGCUGUUAAUUUCUGGUCUAAAGGUGAGGCUAAAGCAAUGUUUUUGCGGCAUGAAGGGUUUCUUGGUGCUGUGGGUGCCUUCAUGAGUUCUGAUAAACAUGGCCUUAAGGAAUUAUUGGCCAAUCAAGUGGUGCAAAGAACUCCCAGCAAGUUAUCAUUUGCUGUGGAUAAAAUAAUACAUGGUCAACCAGAUGGAGAUGAAAGUAUAGAGUGCAGUGUCUAUGCAGCAUAGAUGAAGCAAUUCUUCGUUGCUUUCAUGACUUGUAAUUUCUGUAGUUUGAUUCUGUAAAAUGUUGAAAGAAAGAAUUAUUAUAACUGUGAUUAUUGAUUUAGAAUUUAAGGAAAAGGGUAAAUUAGAAUAAGAACUCAUAAGGGAUUGCUAUUGUAUCACAGUUUCACCCAAUGAAUUGUGUUGUAUAACAGCUAAUAAUUUGUAUGAAUAAAUAAGGCUUAGUCUAGUUACUCAUUUAAUGAAA